AAUACUACAUGUGGAUGAACUUUGGAGUAAAGUGAAUAGUUUGUGUCCGUGGUCACGUAUGACGUCAAGAUUUGUCUAAUGUGAUAUCGAACCUUGUUUCUGUGACCGAUAGAUAACCUGAUUAUUAACCCUUGUAUGUAUAUCUGAUAACCACCGUACAUGUACUCCCAUUACGCCAUUAGUGUGCUGGACUGACACAUUCCUAGGAGUAGGAUGCGGGAUCGUCGAGUGAAAUUAGAACCAUCAGCUGGAACCCAAGAAGGACUGGACCCUGCUGUGGUUGUCCCUGGCUCUGACAAUAUGCCGGUAGAGUUGUCUGAUAUUCAACUCCUAAAGGACCCACCACCGGGUCCGUUGGACGUGUACAGGAAGCAGGCUUCUUUUGACUGGAAGAGGAUGAGAUUGUUCAUGGAUGGGGAAGAAAUUAUCAGAUACAAGAAUAUGAUAUGGACCACAAUGGAAAAAGAUCCACUAUUCUCGCAACCAAUGGUAACAGAAACUGUUGAAAAACAACGAGAAUCAACAUUUUACCGAUGUAAGCGACUUUUUGAAUACAAUUUCCUGUCUGAUGAUGACCUCUUUGCCAAUCCACUGAAGCACAAGAUUCUGACUGACUGUCUGGGCAUGUAUAACUGGUCCCUGGGAGCCAAGUAUCAGCUGGAUGUAGAAAUGACUGGAGGUACUGUUCAGUCUACAGGAUCUGCCAGACAUGGAGAUAUUGUAGAAAAGAUAAAGAAUUUUGAUUAUUUUGGUUGUUUUGCCCUCACUGAACUGAGUCAUGGCAGCAACACCAAGGCAAUGAGAACUACAGCAACAUACGACCCCAAAACACAGGAAUUUAUUCUGCGAACCCCUGAUUUUGAGGCAACAAAGAUUUGGUCAGGAAACAUGGGAAAGAUGGCGACACAUUCCAUUGUUUAUGCUCAGCUGUACACCCCUGAUGGCAAGUGUCAUGGUCUUCAUUCCUUCAUCGUGCCCAUCAGGGACCCCAAUACACUGCUGGCCUACCCAGGAGUUAUCGUCGGUGAUAUGGGGGAGAAGCUGGGACACAAUGGACUCGAUAAUGGGUUCAUGGCUUUCAAUGAUUAUCACAUCCCUCGGGAGCUGCUGUUGAAUAGGACUGGUGAUGUCAAGCCAGACGGUACAUAUGUCACUCCAUAUAAGGAUCCCAGUAAGAGGUUUGGAGCUUCACUUGGUGCUUUGUCAGGGGGACGGGUCGGGAUUACUGGAAUGGCUACCUGUAACCUCAAGCUAUGUAUGCCAAUCGCUGUGAGGUAUUCAGCAGUCAGGAAACAGUUUGGUCCACCUGGAGGAGAGGAGAUACCCGUGCUGGAGUAUCAAUUACAGCAAUGGCGACUUAUCCCCUAUUUGGCUGCUACCUAUGCAUUGGAACACUUCAGCGACUCCUUUUUCAUGGACUUUGUGGGGAUCCGUGUGGGUAUGAUGCUAGGUGACAAUUCUGACUGGCAGGCUGAGCUAGGCAGAGAGAUCCAUGCCCUGUCAUGUGCCAGUAAACCUUUGGCUGCCUGGAUUGCCAGGGAUGCUAUUCAGGAAUGUCGUGAAGCAUGCGGAGGACAUGGAUUCUUCAAAGUAAAUCGUCUGGGAGAGAUCCGUGAUGACCAUGACCCCAACUGUACAUAUGAAGGGGACAACAAUGUAAUUUUACAGCAGACUAGCAACUACCUGUUAGGUCUACUGGACUCCAACAUCAGGAAAGGAGAGACCAUCAACACACCACUUAAAAGUGUCAAUUUCCUCAAUGACCUAGAGGGGCUGCUCCAGACCACAUUUGAGGCACGCACAGUUGAAGACUGCUUCAAUCCUGAAGUGUCCUUGCGAGCAUAUAAAUGGCUGGUUGGCCGUUUGUUAGUGGACAGUGCUGAACGUCUAAAGGAGCAGGGACAGUCCGGUAAAGAUGCCUUCUCCGCGAGGAAUGACAGUCAGGCCUACUACUGUCGUAGUCUAGCUCUAGCCUACAUAGAGCACACUGUCCUGGACAGAUUCCAUCAACUGGAGACCGAGAGCAGGAAUGGUGACACACCUCCAGAACUCAAACCAGUCCUCAAUAAAAUGUGUGCUCUGUUUGGACUAUGGAGGCUGGAGAAACACUUGUCAACAUUAUAUCAAGGGGGAUAUAUCAAGGGAAGCAACCCUCCAAAACUGAUCCAGGAAGCUAUCCUCAGACUUUGUCAUGCACUCAAGGGUGAAGCUGUCUCAUUGGUCGAUGCUAUUGCCCCAACAGACUUUGUACUGAACUCUCCCAUUGGUCGGUCAGAUGGACAGAUCUACAAGAACCUAUAUGGAGCAAUGAUCCAAGGACCGAACGCUUUAGAGCGGCCUGUUUGGUGGAAGGACUUUGUCGAUGAUAAACCUGUUGUUGGCUCCAAGUCAAAAUUAUAGACAGAAUUUACAGGCUAUGUAUAACUGUGUACAUCCUCCUCAACAGGGUAUGUGUUGUGGUAGACAUCCUCCUGUAAACCACAACUGGAUAUGUGUUGUGGUAGACUACGAACCAUUUACAGACCAAUACAUGUGAUUUAAUACAAACCAUGGACAAGAUGUUGUGAGUUUAUCAGGACACAAAAUACUUGAUAUGGGGUCUUCACUACACCAGACAAUGUAGGAUACUGUAUUAUUUAUUGUGUUCAAGUGUGAAUCACAUAGCAAUUUCUGUAUUUGUGACAGAAAAAGAUAAUAGUGAGUUACAAUCAUUAAUGGUAUCUUGUUAAAUAGCUUUUAAUCAUUACUGAGACAAUGAUGUGAAAUGACAUGUGAAUAUUAUGGUUUGAAAUUCAUACAGUUUUGUGCUGACGAAAAAUUGACAUUAUUGAAAUCUUACAGCACACUUUGGUAACAAUAAUAUAUAUAAUAAGAUAUAAUUACUUCCACACAUGUUUGACUGAUUGUGACAAAUUUAUUAAAGAUAUCGGAAAACCCAUUCACCAAACCUGAAAUAAAAGCCGAAGAAUUGUCAUUAAUUCAAUACAUUAUAUAUCAUUCAAUAUUAGAUUAUUUAUUUAUAGUAUAUACAUUUUAUUGAUAAGAUAUACAUGUAUUGUAAUCUAUCUUAUGAAGACUUUGUUCAAUUUCAAACAACAAAACCUGAAAAUAUUGAUGACAAUCAACUCUCUUAGCUUAUAAAAUUGUAUAUUACACUAGAUCCCUACAAAUGGAUGUUUGUUGAAUGUUAUUCACUUUAUACAAAUAUAAUCAGUAAUUAUAACUCAUUAAUGUGGACGACAUUUAAAUCUUCAGUAAUGCCAAUCUUUUAUGAAGACAUGUUAAAUGAUGGACCAGAACUGGGUAAGAGUGGAUAGCUCCAAAAAUCUGUAUCUUAUCCCGCUGUUGAAAUAAGUUCUUUUUCUUAUACAAAUCUAUUUAUAUACCCUGUAUAAGUAGGUUUUUAUUCUGAUAGAUGGGAGUGUGUAAUACACAUCAUUAUAGAGCCAUUCCAGGUUGUACCAGUUAUCCAAUUCAAUCACAAUAUAUCUUAUAAAUAUUCAAAUUUCAAUUCCUGUAAGUUGUUUCGAAAUAGCUAUAUAUAUAUAUAUAUAGAAUGAGUACAGGGUUUCACUCUGUGACCUGGCAAUAUGUUUUGUGGAUAUUUAUGUUUGGAAUGUAUGUUGGUGUAUUUUAUUGUCUGUUCAAAUAUUUACAUACACGUACAUAGAUGUAUAUGUUUUCCAGUUCACUAGCUGGAAUAGUCCAAAUAUUUCCACAUUUCCAUGGUAACCAUGUCUAGUGCUUGCUCAAGAAAUCUAUAGUCUAGUUGCAUUCCAGUCAUAAAUCCUAGAGUACUGUUGUUGAUUUGAAUAUCCAAUCAGAGAAUGCUCUUAUUGUCAGACUUUAUAACUUACACCAUUGUUUGAAUUAUGACCUGAAUAAUAAAAUUACAAACUGGCA